CUCUUCUUCGUCCGUGAACAAUCGUUCCGAACAUGCAUUUUAAACAAGCUCUUAUUGUCCACGCUUCUGACUUGACUUUUGAACCUUGCAUUUGAUAAUCAAUCGUAAAGGUUGGGUUCUUGCCGUUCGACACUCGAUUUUAGGAUCAUGAGACGCCGGUCCAUUAAAAAGACUGUGUCUUUCCAGACACAGGUUCCAGGCACCACCGAUGGACAAAUUCCCGAACCUGGAGUCCUCGAAGGCAGUGUAUCGAUUUUUGCUGUUCCAAUUCAUCUUUUACUUUUACUUCAUUCCUUAUUCUCUUCCGGACUCACUGAGAAUCCGACUCAGAUGAUGGCUAAAGGUCUCGUGAAUCUUGUUGGGAUGCAAAUUUUAUAUGGUUUCUGGAUUGUUUACUUCGAGAAACCCUCAAUCAAAUCGAAAAAUAAAGCUACAUCGAAAGGCAGUGCAGGUAGCAAUAUAGUCCUUGUGCUUUCAUGUAUCGCUAUUUCUGUUCUCUUGGCGAAUAUCACAUUCGUCGCUUUGAUCUUGCUCGGGGCACCAAUGCAUGGCUUUUUGAAAGAAACAUAUCUAUUGGCUUGCCAUGCAUCUGUCAUAGUUGUGCAUCCUAUUCUCAUACUGUUUAGGCUAGAUCUCAACCAAUUAGGUUUGAUCUUCAAGAACGAACAAGUAUUCCGCAGGAUAUUCCGCAAUCAGACUCUUUCUGCUUCUUUUGUUGCAAUUUUGGGAGCUUGGAUUGGCGUAAUACCAAUACCUUUAGAUUGGGACAGGCCAUGGCAACAAUGGCCAAUUACUAUUUUGAGUGGUGUCUAUGUUGGGAGUUUCGCUGGCUCCCUUACAUCCGUAUUUCUAUAACCUUUGAAUGCACCCUCUUUAUUCGGAAAUGUGUAGAACUCUAAUAUUUGAGGUUUUGAUUCAUUAAAUAUCUUUUUUUGAAUUCAGCUUCAUAAAGCUACAGCAAAAUAUACUUUAGCACUUCUAGAAUAUUAAUACACAUCGGCUAGUUCGAU